CGUAGGGCCCCCAGGCGGGGCGACAGGCGUCGGGCCCCCAGGCGGGGCGACAGGCGUCGGGCCCCCAGGGGAGGGGCGACAGGCAUUCGGGCCCCCAGGAGGGGCGACAGGCAUCGGGCCCCCAGGCGGAGCGACAGGUCUCGGGCCCUCAGGCGGAGCGGCGGGCGCCGGACCCCCCAGAUGGAGCGACAGGUCUCGCGCCCUCAGGCGGAGCGGCGGGCGCCGGACCCCCAGAUGGAGCGACAGGUCUCGGGCCCCCAGGCGGAGCGGCGGGCGCCGGACCCCCAAGCGGAGCGACAGGUCUCGGGCCCCCAGGCGGAGCGGCGGGCGCCGGACCCCCAGAUGGAGCGACAGGUCUCGGGCCCAGGUCUCGGAACUCGGCGGAGCGGCGGGCGCCGGACCCCCAGGUGGAGCGACAGGUCUCGGGCCCUCAGGCGGAGCGGGGCCGGACCCCCAGGUGGAGCGACAGGUCUCGGGCCCCCAGGCGGAGCGACAGGUCUCGGGCCC